GUACAGGAUGACGUUUUGCUUUAAGCCGAUUCUUGUGAUGUCACAGGCGUCGCUUUGUAGAAAGUGUAUGGAUUAGGUCGCUUGAGGGCGUACUGGAUUUUGUGUGUUACUGAUUUUCCACGUCAUGGGAUAGUUGCCUCCCAGAGUUGCCUAAGUUUUCGUUUAAUUUUGUGAUACAAGCCCAAUGAUAUUGAACCUUGCCUGCUACAGUGUAUAACCAAAUUACAGUGCAUGGUGUCAUUACUAUGGGUCUUGGGCAACUAGUUAGUUCGCCAAAUCGUCCACCACAACAGUUCAAUAUCAACUUGUGUGACUGUCAUAUCCUCCAUCAUGAGUGUAACCGGCAUGGAUAUGAGCACAGAUCCAGAGGUUACCUUCAAGGACCACAAGUCGGACAGUAUUAGACCUGAGGACUCAGCUAGCCAAAGGGGGAGUAGCACCACCUCGGCGAGUUGGAGGAUACGGGCGAAGGCUAAGAGAGCUGCCUUAGCCGCAGAAGUAGCAGCUCUUAAAGACCAACAAGAACUUGAGAUAGAAGAAAUGAAGCUUAAACAACGGAAAGCUGAGCUUCUUCUGAAGACUAGAUUAAAGAUCGCUGAAGCGGAGGAAACUGUAUAUAGAGGUACCAGGUCCAUAGAACAGAAGACUGAGCCUUCCAAGUCUGAACCUUCACAACAAGGUUCAUCAACUCCUGUUAGAACGAGAAUGAAGCCGGCACUGACCAGUCAAGAUGAAAAGAUAACUGGUAAGAUGGACUCUGACAUCUUACAUCAUCUACAGCAAGGACAGAGACAACAUCAACAGCUGUUGGAAGCCAUCACAAUUUCAAGUACCAACAUUAUGUCUUUUGAUGGUAACCCGUUGAAUUUCUUUGAGUUCAUACGAUCAUUUGAUAGUGUCAUUGGAAAUUCGUCAUUGGACAAUAACGCCAAGUUGCUCAAGUUGUAUCAUCUUUGUACUGGAGCUGCCAAAGACAUAAUCCAAUGUUGUCUCAUGAUGCAUCAAGAUGAUGGGUACUUUCAUGCCAGAACGCUUCUGAUGGAUCGCUUUGGAAGUGACCAUAAGAUCAGUGACGCCUGGAUUAGGAAGGUCACGGAAGGUCCAGUUAUUCAGAGCAAUCCUAAACAUCUGAGGGAUUUUGCUGAUCAGCUAAAGACCUGUGCUGAAACUUUGAUGGCCCUUGGAAUGCUUCACGAGAUGAGCAGCAGAAGUGAGCUGGUGAAGGUCAUUGAACGUUUGCCAUUCCAUCUGAAGAGCCGGUGGUUGCGUUUCGUAAAGACCAUCAGGGAUAGUGGCAGACAGCCUAACAUCCAGCAUGCAGUUGAAUUCAUCACCGGCGCAGCUGAUGAACUCAAUGAUCCUGUAUUUGGAGCCUUACUUAUGGGUGGACCAAAGAAUCUAGGAAGUACAAGGAGUGUAAAGGAAAGAACUGUGUCAGGUAGAGGUCAGGCAAGCAUGUUUACUACCUCUGUGAAUUCAUCGACCAAGAACUGCAUCAUGUGUCAGGACAGCCAUGACCUUUUCGGUUGCCAGGAAUUUAAAGCCAUGGAGCCUGAUGAACGCUUUGAUUUUGCCUUCAAGAACAGGCUUUGUUUCAAUUGCUUGUUACCUGGUCAUGUAUCCUCAAAGUGCAUCCUUAAUAGGACCUGCUCAGUCAAGGGGUGCAAUCAAAGGCAUACCAAGUUCCUCCAUACCGGGAGAAGGAUGAGACCAUCUUCAGGAAAUCCUACACCUUGGAGAACAAGAAGGGAAUCGAAUGACUCAUCAACUCAAACUGACUAUGAUGUAGCAUCUCAUGCUAGUUCCAAUGCCACGAGGGCCGGAGGUUGCAGAGUAGCCCUUCCAAUAAUUCCGGUUACUGUCAGUGCUGCAGAUGGUGGAGAAAGCAUUGAGACCUUAGCUUUGCUGGACCCUGGUUCUACGAACUCAUUCUGUCUGCAAGAAUUAAUAGAUGUGCUCCAGACAAAGGGGAAAAAGAAAGUCAUUCAGGUCUCAACACUGGAAAGCCCUAAAAGAGCAAUGGAAUGUGAAGCCGUCAAAUUGAGGGUUAAAGGUUCCACAGCAGACAAGACGAUAGAGGCUGAAUUUCUAACUCGUCCGAGCCUUAACAUCAGUACUGCAAACAUGGCCAGGGAGGAAGAUAUUUCGAAAUAUCAACAUCUUUGUGGUAUUGAUCUUCCAGUCACCGGGAAGAACCAAGUAACCAUACUGAUUGGACAGGAUGUGCCUGAAGCCCUGAUGCCACUUGAAAUCAAAGCAGGUAAACCUGGUGAAGUUUAUGCUGUCAAGACAAUACUUGGAUGGACGUUAAAUGGUCCACUUGGAAAUGGAAGUAGUUUACAGAGUUUUCAAGCCUCGUCUAGCUUCAUCUCUGAUGAUGGUAACAUGCUCCUGGAAGAACAAGUUCACAAAUUUUGGAAGCUAGAAGGGACAGAAUACCUUUAUGAUGAUGAAAAGAGCAUGUCCAUCAAUGAUCAGAAAGCCUUGAAGACCUGGCAGGAAGGAGUUUGCAAAGAUGGUGAUCACUAUCAACUUCCCAUUCCAUUUCGGAAGAGGCCUGAAGAUCUGCAGUGGUUGAAACUCAAAGGAAAAACCCAGACAGAGCAAGAGCUGAGGGACUUCAAAAGGAUCAGUUACGACGACAUGCAGAAAGCAGAGAAGAGAAUUUUGCAUUACGUGCAAAAACGUUUCUUCCAGAAGGAGAUUGAAUCAUUGACCGAUUCAGCUGGUAAAGUGACAAAGACAAGUCAACUCUACAAGCUGGACCCUAAGAUAGACGAGGGUCUUGUUAGAGUUGGAGGAAGAUUAGAGAGAUCAGCUCUACCAUUAGAGGCUAAACACCCAGUCGUCUUACCCAAGGGAAGUCAUGUGUCAGAUCUGAUCUUGAGAGAUGUUCAUGUAAAGGCAGGGCAUAGUGGAAGAAAUUAUGUCCUUUCUGUGCUCCGUGAGAAGUAUUGGAUGCUUGGAGCAGGAGCAGCUAUCAGGAGCAUGAUUAGCAGAUGUGUCAUGUGCAGGCGGCAAAGAGGGAAGAUGAUGAGUCAGAAGAUGGCUGACCUGCCUGAGAAUAGACUGUUACCUGACGAGCCUCCAUUUUCCAAGGUUGGCAUUGACUAUUUCGGCCCCUUUGAGGUUAAAAGGGGUCGCAGCAUGGAGAAGAGAUAUGGAGUCAUGUUUACAUGUCUUACCACACGCGCCAUUCAUUUGGAAGUCGCUCAUUCUUUGGAUACGGACUCUUGUAUCAGUGCCAUUCGUCGUUUCAUCGCUCGCAGGGGCAAUAUCAAGGAGAUGCUCUCAGAUAAUGGCACUAAUCUUGUGGGCGCUGAGAGAGAGCUGAAAAGAGAAAUAGAUGGAUGGAACAAAGCUCAAAUCAGCGCAGACCUGCUCCAGAAAGGCAUCAAAUGGACAUUCAACCCACCCACUGCUUCCCAUUUUGGAGGAGUCUGGGAAAGGCAGAUUGGGACUGUGAGAAAGCUCAUACUGGCAGUAACUAAGCAACAGGUGCUCUCAGGUGAAAGUCUGACAACUCUCUUCUGCGAAAUUAAGAGCAUCGUCAACAACAGGCCUCUAACAAGUGUAUCAGAUGAUGUCAAUGAUCUUGAGGCCUUGACUCCCAAUCACCUACUUCUGCUGAACAGGAAGCCGCAACUGCCACCAACAGUGACGGACAGAUCAGAUGUAUACUCGAGAAGGAGGUGGCGUCAAAUACAGUAUCUCGCCGACGUAUUCUGGAGGCGCUGGUCUAGAGAGUACUUACCGCAGUUGCAAAGAAGAGAAAGAUGGGUACCAUCGAUCGCAUCGCAAUCUUCAGAUUGGUGA